UCGAUGAAAGAGAAGAAUGUUGCCUUGAAUGCCCAGCACUUUAAUAAUGGUGUAAAAUUCAUACAUAAAUAUGUGAUUCGACCGAUAGCAAACAAUAGAAAGACAACAAAAAGAAAGAAAAAGAUUUAAAAGAUUAAGUGACUUAAUUCCGUCCACAAACAACCAAAGCACAGCCUGUAACAAACAAGACCGAAAAAUAAUGACAAAGGUAGUGCCAACAUGAAGUACUGAUUAUGAAAAAGUUUUACACUAAAAUUAAGACCAGAAUAAAAUGUGCCAUCAGUAGUGAAAGUGAAUGGAAGCCAAUUUCAAUCUCACCGUCUCCGUUUUGCUAAAAAUUUUGACGAGGGUGUGUUAGAUAUCUACGUAAAAGUUAUUAAGUUGGAUAUUGUGUAAGUGUGUUUGCAAAAGUGAGAGAGAAUAAUUUGCAAGCAGCACACAUAGCACAGACGAGUGUCCAGGGAAGGGUAGCAGAAUGGAACGAAAGCGGUCAAUUCGCCGGAGGCCAAAGCCACCUUUCGAACGUGCCAAGGAUCACUGUCGAGCGUUUACAGCAUUUAUGUUCUCAAAUGUUGGAAUCACAUUUCUCGUCGUUCUAUAUACGAUUGCUGGUUCAUUUAUGUUUAUCGCUAUAGAGGGUGGCGAAGCUGGUAAGCGGAAAGAGACUGCAGACAAGGAGCGUAAUGAAACUCUAACACGGCUCUGGGAGAUUUCAUGCUGCGAUCAAAAUGUCUAUUUGCACAAUAAAACAAUUUACAUAUCAGCUGUAGCAAGCGAAAUAAAGUCGUAUCAAUCGAAGCUAAUCGAACGACAGCGGAAAGGAACUGUCGAAGGUGAUGAAUCACAAUGGAGCUUUUCAGGAGCUUUUCUUUUCUCACUAACUGUCAUAACAACAAUAGGUUACGGCAACAUAGCGCCAGCAACAGAUUUGGGAAAAGUAGCAACAAUUUUUUAUGCAAUUAUCGGGAUGCCUUUGUUCCUUCUGUAUUUAUCAAAUAUUGGUGAUAUUUUAGCGAAAUCUUUCAAAUGGAUCUAUGCAAAGUGCUUUCUAUGUCGCAUUUGUCCAAACAUCGCACGACGUCGUUUAGCACGAGAGAAACAUAAAGAAAGACUGCGUCAGAAUGAUGGAGAGGAUCCGAGCGAAAGUGGAGGAUCUGAGAGUGGCAGUGCGUCGUCGUAUACAAAUGAUUCGGAGAUUGAAAUGGAAAUUAAACAGGAUCCACAAACAGUAACCGUUCCCAUUACCGUUUGUAUUUCAAUCAUGAUUGGAUACAUUCUUCUAGGAGCAUCACUAUUUAAAGCAUGGGAGAAGUGGGACUACUUAGAUGGCAGUUACUUCUGCUUCAUCUCAUUGAGUAGUAUCGGCUUCGGAGACCUCGUACCAGGAGCUGCUUUAAAGUUCAACACGAGUGUAAAGUCAUACAAUGUUGUGGAAUUGUCUUUCAUCUUCUGCUCGGUUUAUCUUCUACUUGGGAUGGCUCUUAUUGCCAUGUGUUUUAAUCUUAUGCAGGAACAAGUCAUCUACAAAUUAACAAAUCUAAAGAAAUGCGCCAGUCAGUGCUUCAAGUGCAAGAGGUAAUGGAUGAAGUUGCUAAAUAACAACACCAGUGGAAGCGGAUUUUUUGUUUUUCUUUCUUGAUUUUAAAUUUUUUUAUUUUAAGUUUGUUCUCAUUUUUCGUUUAUCUUUUUUAAAAAAAUUAAUUAAUGAAGACAAGAUAAAAUAAUAAGUUUAAUUAAUUCAAAUUUAAGUUUUAAACUGCAAUCAUUUGCUUUUGAAACGAACCAAGAAACUUUUUAGGUUGAAUAAUAAAACCUUGUGAAUGAACAUUCCAUGAAGAAUAAAUAAAAAAGUUUUAUAA